UGCUGCACACCAGCUCUGUCAUAGCUCACUUUAAGAGUGGCGAGCCACAGAGACAGCCCUGGAUCUAUUGCCAGGUGAGGCAGGAUGAUGGCUAUGAACAGUAAGCAGCCUUUCUCCAUGCACCCAAUCCUGCAGGAGCCCAAGUACUCCAGCCUGCACUCCAGCACAGAGGCUAUGCGCAGGGUCUGCCUGCCAGCCCCCCAGCUCCAGGGCAAUAUAUUUGGAGGCUUUGAUGAGAGUUUGCUGGCCCGUGCUGAAGCUCUGGCGGCUGUGGAUAUUGUCUCACACGGCAAGAACCAUCCAUUCAAACCAGACAUAACCUACCAUACCAUGAGCAGUGUCCCCUGCACGUCUACCUCCUCCACAGUGCCCAUCUCGCAUCCGUCUACACUGACAACGCAUCCGCAUCACUCAGUGCACCAAUGCUUGGAGGGGGACCUGCUGGACCAUAUCUCACCUACCUUGACUGUGAGUGGUAUGGGGGCCAAUGACCACACUGUCAUGUCCUCCCAACUCCAUCCACAUCACCUGGGUGCCAUGGGGCAUCUGCACCAAGCCAUGGGGAUGGGCCACCCUCACUCUGCUCACAAUGGGAUGUCCUGCAUCAAUGAUGUCGAGUCGGAUCCAAGGGAGCUUGAGGCUUUUGCAGAAAGGUUCAAGCAGAGGAGGAUAAAACUUGGAGUGACUCAGGCAGAUGUUGGGGCAGCUUUGGCCAAUCUCAAGAUUCCAGGUGUUGGCUCUCUCAGCCAGAGCACCAUCUGCAGGUUUGAGUCCUUGACAUUGUCCCAUAACAACAUGAUAGCCCUGAAACCAGUCCUCCAGGCUUGGUUGGAAGAAGCUGAGGCUGCCUACAGAGAGAAAAACGCAAAGCCAGAGCUCUUUAACGGGAGCGAGAGAAAACGCAAACGCACCUCUAUCGCAGCCCCAGAGAAAAGGUCCCUAGAAGCCUACUUUUCCAUCCAGCCCAGACCCUCGUCGGAGAAAAUAGCAGCCAUUGCUGAGAAACUGGACCUUAAAAAGAACGUGGUUCGAGUCUGGUUUUGCAACCAAAGACAAAAACAGAAAAGGAUGAAAUAUUCUGCGGUCCAUUGACUCUCUAGGACCAGGACUUUUUAUUAGAGAUAUUAUUGGAGCAGGGAUCUUUACUGAGAACUUGCAGUAAAUACACAAGAAGCCAUCAAUUGUUUUCCAAUCAGGUCUACAGCCAGAACUGAAAUGAGAACAGUCCAUGGAUGACAACACCUCAAAAACCUGGUUCUUCUAGGUGUUUCCC